CCGACUUACCUAGUGGACCCCGACUCACCCCUCUCCACGAACACGAAAAAUUGGUUUUCCUGAUGCUGUCGACCCCGCUCGUGAUAUAGCCCCGACUUGUGGCAUGGUUAAUGAAUAGCGAAUUGGUAAGGAUGUGGAAGGAAGUGGUCGUCGCCUCAUAUAAGGGAGUCGCGUUUGUGGAAUUGCGGUAAAUCGGCGAAAAACAUCGGUGAGGAUGGAGAAUUCAACCCGGGACGUCCUGAACGCGUUGAGCGGGAGUGCAGUCAUUCAACCGCGUCCUUCUGUAAGAGUUACAGCAUGAAGUCCUUCACCCCGUUUUCACUUUCCUUCAUCGCGGAUGAUGGCAGAUAAUCCAUAAGUGAGCGCCUGUCGGAGGGGGCGCAGUAACAAGUGGGAUCUCUCGGCGUGCAGACAUGAGACUCGCGGACGCUCUCCUGCUGUCGUGGUGGGUCUGUGCGAUGGCAGCAAGCGUCAUGAGGGCUGAAGAUCGGGGUCAGGUACCGCGUUCUGAACUGGCUGCGAGGGCACGGCGUGGACGGAGAUACAGACGCCCGCACAUAGAGCGCGUCUGGGUCAUGAGACCUGUUGAGAGCACUAAUAACAGCAUCAGUGGACCGAACGACAACUUUUCUGACCCGGUCCGAUCUUUCGCUGUUGCUAUUCGCGAUCCUGAGACCUUCGUGCGCUACCUGAGGCAGGAAGAGAGACGGCGGUUAGGGAAGCAGAGCGGGAUGCUUCCGAAUGCGAGGUAUGUGCAGAUGGAGGUGCUGUCGCCCUCCGAGACGCAACAGCGGACACCAGUUCUGAACAUGGUAGUCGAGCAGGAUGACGAAAUGGACAUGAAUUCUUUCGUCGACUUGAUGGAACAGGUCUCGGCUGUUCCUGCGUACCACACAAAACGAUCAAGAUCUGAAGACGCUGAGACUUCUGUUUACGAAGGACACAAACCGCGGAGGAAAAUGCGGGCAGAACAACAUUCGCAGCAGCGACAGGACGAGAGAAACAUCAUCCCCGAGGGGGGAGGAGAUAUUAAACUGAACGAACCAGAGGAGGAAGUGGAACAAAGGCAGAAAGAACAGCCCCAAAGAAGGCCGGAUCAGAGGCGGUAUUACCGUCAAAGGGUUAAGAUUUCAGAUCCUCUGCUAGUCUUUGGGGAGUAUGGAAAAAGGAAACCAAAUUAUUCGAGGCCUAUCACACUUGAUUUUAACAGAUCGAAAUCCCACGAUAUUCCGACGGCCCCUUCUCUGUAUCUGUUGCCCCCUGCAGUCUCCACUUUCAAACAUUUGAAUGUACCCCAGGAUGUUCCAACUUCCACGGAGACGCCUGUUCCCAAAUCCUCAAGACAAAGGAAUCGAUCAAGAACUCAUAAUUCCCGUCGUCCUGUUGACGCUACCCUUCAAGUGCAUGACCGAGCCAACCCUCUGUCUAGUAACAUUUCUCGUAUAUCUACUGAUAUUCCUCUCCAAUCGGCGGAUGCUGAUAUAUCGCUUGUUCAUAUCGAUAUCCCUCGAAUAUAUACGACGAUCUCGCAUCCCUAUACAGACGUCCCUGCCUCUCCAUUUACUGAUAUCUCCCGUGUUCACAUUGCAAUAUCUCGGCAACCUGCCGCCAGCAGUCUGGGUGGUCUCCGUGGAACUUCCUUACCGAAGGCAUCCGAGCCUACAACAGUCACCCCUCAGUCCACAGAAGAUUUCCAAUCAGUUGACGGUUUCCGACAAUAUGCUGAUACUUCUCCGCCGCCUGCUGACGUUACCCCGCCAUUUGCGAAGUUCACGAGAAACUCCUCCAGAAACGAGGAACUUCUCGCCGGAAAUAGUCCGGCUUAUGACAGUUAUGAGAGUGAAGCGCCCAGCAGGAGCCCAGUAGCGAGCCUAGUGCAGCUUUCUGAGCCGGUCUACCCGUCGCGUGUGGCUCUGGUUGUGCAGGCAGAGGGAGGCGACGGGAAACGACAUCGGGACCACGAGUACGAGGAGCUGCAGCUCACAGCAGCUGAGACAGCCUACUAUAAGCGGAGACAGCUGCGGAAGCCGGCCAUGAUCUUGGAAACCAGCGAGGAAACCGGUUCAAUCCCAGGUGUGCCCGGUAGAGAUUACCCUGUUUACAGUCGACCUCCGAAGACAAAUUUUUCAUGUGUCAAAGGUCAUGGUGGAUACUUUGCGGACGUCAGCACCCGGUGUCAAGUAUUCUUUGUAUGUUCUGACGACGGUCUGGGCGUGCCCAUGUUGUGCCCAAAUGGAACACUUUUCAAUCAAGACUUCCUCGUGUGUGAUUGGUGGUUCAACGUGGCCUGCGGUCGUGUGCCCUGACCAACCCCGUUCUCAUCCCUUGCAAGCCCAGGCGAAGCCCACGGAAUUGUGAAUGGAUAAGUUACAUUGGUUCCUGUUUCUGAUGUCGCGAGCAACAGGAAGCGGUACACAAAUGAUCAGAAGCCAUGACAUUCCACAGGCUACUCAGGGCAGGCGUAAGUCUACGUGCCCCCUCUCCCACACCCGACGAGAAGUUCCGUCUCCCCCCCUCCCCCAGUUAAAACCCUCCUAGUUUACGAAAACUUCAUCACAAUUAAUAACAAACAUUUCAGACACUGCGACAAAAAUAUUAAAUAAGCAUUCAUCAAAAUGAGGUGUAAAAUAUGGCGCCCCUAAAACGUAAUUGUAAUCGUACCCUUUUGUUCAGCUGCGCUGUCGCGCCUGAUCGCGGCUUUUAUGAUGCAGGUUACGUAUUGUCUGUCUGAACCAACUGUGACGGUACGCCAUACUUGAGAGGGCAACCUCGUGCAACAGAAACCCCGUGUUGCAACGAGAUUCCCGGAAUAGCGAUUUUGGUUCCCAUUGCAUAUUUAAAAUACAAGUUAGAUACUUUCUAAUGGUGACGUAACGGCCUACGUCACUGCGAUGAUGACGCAUACACAAGAAGGGUUUGAUCUGAGACUGACCCUUAAAACACAGAGGUAACUCAGAAUACUUAGCGUUAACCAGCUGCUCUUUGUCAUGCAGACGCGCUGGGUUUUCUGUGGAGUAGCAUCUGAAUGUUUACAUGUUGUUGUUACAUGGACGGUACUCAGGCUGGCGAUGGAAGACGUGUUCUGAACACUACAUGCAAUUGUGUGGAAGUAAGUGAAACCUGCAAGCUGGUUGCUUUGCGCCGGAGGGCGCUGUGGGGAGGUUACUGCCUCCACUUCCUUCAUUCCGUUCCCGUAAGCCUCCAACCUCCCCAAUUUCAGCCCAUACAGGCCUUUAGAACCAUUAGUGAUU